GUUUGUGAAAGUUGUUCAUGCGAAGAGCCUAAAUUCAGCAGGGAAGAAAGAAGGGCUUGACUCCAAAAAGUAAGGCCAGCCAUUGACAAGGACAGAUGUUUUGUGCUGCGGGGUGAGUUGAUACAACUGUUCUCAAACUUCACAAUGGAUAGAGUUGUCUCGUCUUCAGAAACGGGUAAUACAGAAGAGGCUGAACAUGAUGUGGAAGCUAUGGCAACAACAGAAGCAAAAAUCCCUGUGGUCAAGAACCGCAAAGCUGAGGGGACAGAGGACGAGUCAGUGACAGAACCAGAGUGUGUCCAGGAUGACAGUGACAACGUGAGAACAGAGGUCCACCCAAACCAGGCAACGAGCCCCACACAUCCUGCCUGCCUCACUGUACAACCAAACAGAGUUCUAUGUGGGGACCAUGCAACUAUUUUCAUAAUCUUUUCAAAUAAACUGGACAACCAAUUGAAAAUGGAGGUGGAGUUUUCCUCUAAAGAUUUAGCUGCAAAACGGGUUGUAGGGAUUUUGGAGAAUGAAUACACCAUCAGUGUUAAUGCGCCUGAUAUGCCAGCAGGAGAGAUGUCACUCACUCUGCAUGGCAAUGACUCACCAGUCUGUUUGAGGCCUGUAACAUACUACACAGCCAUGGGAGAAGUCAGUCGUUACCUUGAACUUGCAGCUGCUCCCAUGGAUUUUAUGUGUCAGGCAUUCAAUAUCACAUCCAAUGCCACAGAGUCACUUGACAAUAUGCUGACAGACUCGUUAAAAGGCAGGAUUCCUGCAAGUGAACUUCAUGUGUUUGGAAUCAGACAGAUCGAGAAAGACAAUAUGGCUGCAUAUCAGCGAAAGCAGGAGCUUCCCACUCUGCUUCAUUUUGCUGCAAAGUAUGGCCUGAAGAAGCUUACCACAGUCCUGCUACAGUGUCCAGGUGCCUUGCAGGCCUACAGCGUGAUGAAUAAGAAUGGAGACUACCCAAAUACACUGGCAGAGAGGAGCGGCUUCUCUGACCUGAGACAGUUCAUGGACGACUUUGUGGAGACGGCUGACAUGCUGAAGUCUCAUAUCAAAGAGUCCAUCGCGGCUGAAGAAGAUGAGGAUGUGUACGAGUCCACAUCCAACUCCUCUCGAGAUAUCAUCAUGAAGUAUUCCCUAAACCCCGGGUGCCAAGAAGACAUCUAUGAGUCCAUGAUGGGGUUAAGCCCAGACUACAUGGAAGACCUAUAUGAGGACAUGGAGAAGGCAUUAAGAGAGUCGCAUAACCCAGAAGAAAUCAUACUUAGAACAUUUUUUCAAGGGAAACCUGAUGCAGGUGUGGCCCAAGUUGGUGAGCAUACAGCGAAUGAAGAGGUGGGAGACCAGGUGGAAGAACCAGAGGGGUUUGAGGAGGAAGACCCUUACAACAUGUGUAUUCAAGAUGAAAUCUAUGACACGGUGGACGAGAAUGCGACCUAUAUCCCAGACAUUUUAAACCGUCCACCAGCUCCAAUUCCGAGACCUGUGACGUUUUCAGAGCCUGAGGAGUCCAAGACCUACAUCUCAAGAGUGUUUUCGGGAAAUGAAGAAUCAAAUCCACAGAGGAACCUCAGAGAAAUCCCGUCAAACACAGUGAGGCCUGUGAGUGACAGAGCCGCCACCUCCUCUUCCAACGACCCCUAUGCUGGAAUGAAGACCCCAGGCCAGAGGCAGCUCAUAGCCUUGCAGGAGAAAGUGAAGGCGGGGGUCCUGAGUGUGGAUGAUGCUGUGCAGGAAUUCAAGACCUGGCAGUUUGACCAGGAAAGGAGAUCUCAGUCUCUGCGCUAUCAACAGGAAAAUCUGAAAAGAUUACGAGACAGCAUUUCCAGACGCCAUAAAGAGAGGGAGAAGCUUGGGAAGGAGAUUGGUCUGGAGAUAAGCGCCCCUUUGCAGAGGAACCUUCACUGGGGCUCCAACAUGGCUUUGGAGUGUUCUGUGUACGAACCUGCCCCACAGGUCAUGGCCGAAACCCCUCCUGUGGCCCGGCCAAUCCAGAGAAGCACUUGGAAGACUGGCAGUACCUCCAGCACAUCCAGUAGUGGCAGUAACAGACUCAGCACACAUAGUAACAUUAGCUACAGCAGUGGAACUGAGCCUGAGUUUGAGGACACAGUUGACCUCCUCCCUCUUCCUCCACGACCCCCAAGGAUCGCUGAGUCCACACCUCUACUUCCUCCCCCCAGAAUCCCUCCACGACUCCCAGACCGGGCUUCAGAGAGUUUGUUGCAGGAGCGUUACACAUCAUGCCCCACUCGAGCACUUCCUAAAAGACCAACUCAGAGGACCACCUUUCCCCCUCCCAUACCCCGGAGAACACGGUGACGCACAUCUCUGCUGUAUCAUUUUGAAUGUCUGCCCUCCAAAAUGUAUAUCAAUGUCUAAUCAGGCAGUAUUAUUUAUUAGUUUUUUCUUUUUUGGGGGGGGGGCAUAAAAGACUGUAAAAACGCCAGCAAAUCAUUUGCAGUCAGUUGAUUUUUAUUUUGAAACACUGUUCCAAAGUAUUCCCAUGCAUAAUAGAGAGAUAUACAGUAUGUGAUCGUAUACACAUGUAAGCAGGGUUUGAAAUGAUUAUGUUUUAGUCAAUUAUUAUAUCUGUUUGGGCUUCUUGUGGUCAAUUUGCAGUCUAUAAAUUAUGUGUAACUAUGUUCCGGCCCCCUGCUCAAUAAAUCUAGUUGAUGAUCGCUGAUUUAUAUGAACAUCAGAAUACAUGAAGGUUUGAGUGUGUAGAACAGAAGCACAUAGAACAUGAUCAUCAAGUCAGUCAAUUCAGGAAGUAAACUGAAAUUCCAAUUUAAAUGGCCAAUCUUGGAUUCAAACAACAAAGCACACCCCGUCACUUUUUAGGUGAACCGCUGAGAGAUGGGCCUGUAGAAAUGUAAUAAAAAAAGGGAAAACAUUUUUUAAUGACUUCUUAAUAAAAUUAAAAUAAGCUAUUAAUUUCAAAAGUUUUUAUUUGUUUAGAAUUUUAGAUUUCAAUCAUUUUCAGAAUUGACUGACUUGAAUUCUAACUGACCCCAACCCUACCAUAGACCCAUUGAUACUGUACAUGGAUCUUGUAAUAACUGCAUGCGUUAGAAUUGUAAAGGGUUUUCAACAAAGUGAUCAAAUAAAGAUUGUGUUUGUUUAUCAAGCUUGUGCAUGCGUACUACUGUAUU